AUGGACGCCUUGUCCGGCAAGAAUUCGACAGGCCGCAGAGUGUCAUUGCUAAACGACGGCCCGGCGCCUCCACCCCAACUUGUCCGACUACCCUCCAUCACUCCUUCCCUCCAAUCCAGGACUUCAAGCUACACCACCUCACCCAUCGGCUCACCAUUGACACCGCGCCUGGUUCGCAGCGACUCGUCCGAAUCCACCAGCAUGGCCACGCCGUCGCCCAUUACUCCGGAUUUCACUUUUGAACUGCCACCUGCCCAAGGCCUGCAUUCACCCGUCUUCUCCCACAAUGGCUUCUUCUCGCAUCAAAAAGAGCUGGAUUCUGCCUACCCGUCUAUUCCCCAAGCCUCUGGUCCUCUUCCCUACCACUCUGGCAAUGUCUCACAAACUGCCUAUUUUCAGCAACAGCAACAACAACAGCAGCAGCAACAACAGCAGCAACAACAACAACAACAACAACAGCAGCAGCCACAGCCACAGCCACAACCACAACCACAGUCGCUCGACGAACAACAGGGCACAGCUUCCUCAGCUGGCCAACGCCCCAAGAAAAACAGUUAUCCAUGUCCCAUGGCAAAGCAAUUCGGCUGCAACGACUACUUCACCACUUCUGGUCACGCUGCCCGCCACGCCAAGAAGCACACGGGCAAGAAGGAUGCCUACUGCCCAGAAUGCAACAAGGCUUUUACCCGCAAGGACAAUAUGGAGCAGCAUCGCCGCACGCACCAGAGCGGUCGCAACUCAGCCAAAGGCAGCGACCGAGAGGGCAAGAAGGCAAAGCCGUCGGCAAAGCGACCCAAGAUCUCACCCAUUCAACAAGACAACAUCCCCUCUCUAUCCCAGCUCUCCAUGGUCGAUCCUGCUCUUCCCCACAGUCCCAUGGGAGCUUUCAUGGCACCCGCCGUACAACCCUCGGACUCGUUUCUCGAGUUUCCAUCGCGCAGUCAAUACCCUGACCCCACGGCAUACUCCAUGACACAUGGCUACAGCACUGGCUCCUAUUCUGGCGGCCUAGAUGCCCUCGCGGCGGCGGCCAGUGCGAGUGGAGAGAAGCGCAAGUUCGACUCAUAA